AUGUCUUUAGAAGCAGAGACUAUUAUGAGAAAUUCAACAUCAGUAACAAAUUUUAUUCUUCUUGGAUUGACAAAUGAUCCACAAUGGCAGCUUGUGAUUUUCACGUUUCUUCUUGUUACCUACAUGCUAAGUGUGACUGGAAACCUCAUCAUCAUCAUCCUCACUCUCUCGGAUGCCCAUCUGAUGACACCCAUGUAUUUCUUCCUUCGCAAUUUCUCAUUCCUGGAAAUAUCAUUCACAUCUGUCUGCAUUCCCAGAUUCCUUGUCACUAUUGUGACAGGAGACAGAACCAUUUCCUACAAUGGUUGUGUGGCUCAGCUAUUCUUUUUCAUUUUCUUGGUAACAGAAUUUUACCUUCUGGCUGCCAUGUCCUAUGAUCGCUACGUGGCCAUCUGCAAACCUCUCCACUACACAACAAUCAUGAGCAACCGCGUAUGCAUUCUUCUUGUCUUUAGCUCAUGGUUUGCAGGAUUCCUGAUAAUCUUUCCACCAAUUAUCCUUCUGCUGCAGUUAGACUUUUGUGCCUCCAAUAUAAUUGACCACUUCAUCUGUGACUCUUCUCCAAUUUUGCAACUUUCUUGCUCAAACACUCACUUUCUAGAACUCAUGGCAUUUUUGUUAGCUGUGGUAACACUCAUGGUCACCUUGACAUUAAUUAUUCUCUCCUACACAAACAUCAUUCGGACAAUUCUGAGAAUUCCUUCUACAAAUCAAAGGAAAAAGGCCUUUUCCACUUGCUCCUCCCAUAUGAUUGUUGUCUCCCUCUCCUAUGGCAGCUGCAUCUUCAUGUACAUUAAGCCUUCUGCAAGGGAGAGAGUGACUUUAAGCAAGGGAGUAGCCGUGCUCAACACCUCAGUGGCUCCUCUCCUGAACCCCUUCAUCUAUACGCUGAGGAACCAACAAGUGAAGCAAGCCUUCAAAACCAUGGUCCAGAGAGUCCUCUUUUCCUCAAAGAAAUGA